CUCAUCACUCACCUGCGGGUGCACACGGGUGAGAAGCCCUUCACUUGCACCGAGUGCGGCAAGAGCUUCAGCCAGAAGGGCGACCUGAUGCGACACCAGCGCAUUCACACGGGCGAGAAGCCCUUCGAAUGCAACGUGUGCGGGAAGAGCUUCUGCUCCAAGCAGACCUUCAUCCUGCACCAGCGCAUCCACACCGGCGAGAAGCCCUUCACCUGCACCGAGUGCGGCAAGAGCUUCAACCGCAAGGGCACCCUCAUCACCCACCAGCGCAUCCACACCGGGGAGCGCCCCUUCGUCUGCGCCGAGUGCGGCAAGACCUUCAACCUGAAGACCACACUGAUGAAGCACAAGCGGAUCCACACGGGGGAGCGGCCCUUCACCUGCGUGGAGUGCGGCAAGAGCUUCAAGUACAAGGGCAACCUGCGGACACAUCACCUCACCCACACGGUGGAGCGGGUCUACCCCUGCACCGAGUGCGGGAAGAUCUUCAGCCACAAGAAGGAGCUGACGGUGCACCAGGCCGUCCACACGGAGGAGAGACUCUUGUCCUGCUACGGAGACGGGGAGUCGUUCAACCCCUUCCUCCAGAUGCACCCGCUCCUACUGUCUGUGCCCCAAGCCAAGUGCCUCUGGAAGCCGUAACGCCCUGUACCUAAGGCGGGAGUUACAGAAAUGCUACGUCCCCUGAGCAGGAGCAGAGGAGGAACAAUGCUGUAAUUUAGGAUUUGGACAUGCAGUGGUGCUGUACAGUGUGCUGAUGAAAUAACCGGCUCCCUGCCACAGGGAGCAACCAGGCUGAAGGCCUGCGCUGACGAACCAACCGUGCAUCCCUAAGGAAAACCCACUGCACAUUCCCCACACAACGCAGCUCCAAUUCAAAUGCAAACGCAGGCUCGAGUCGUGCCCUGAAGGAUGCCAAAGGUGUUGUACUAAUUCCAUUUGCUGGGUGGGAAAUACCCCCAGAGGUGCUAGAGAGAACGUCUGACACGGGGGAUGGGAGAUUUCUGGGAAGGGACCUGUGGUUUAUGGAGCAGCGCUUGGAAAUGACACGGCCUGGGUUAACCGAUGUGGGAUCUUCAUCUUACUACUGAGAGGAGAGGUCGGUGCUGGCAGGACUCUCCAGCCCGGUUCCUGUGUGGAGCAAACAUAGCAGCGUUGUUCUGGCGAAGGCCAGUGAUUUCUCAGGGUGGGAGGUGCUGUGCUGUGUGGUGUUGUUAGGUCAGGCCCAGUGGGUACUUGGGGGGUGGGCGAGGCUUUGCUACUGCGCUGUAGUUAUGGCUUAUGCCAGCAGCUCCUCAGUGGAACUACUGGACAGACCUGACGGACGGCGCCUGUUCCAGCCGGGCCGGUGACAGUCUGGGAAAUGAAAGAAAAUCUCAAUUGAGUGUGGACUUGAGAACUCCAGGUGCAAGGCCCUGGAGCAAUAAUUACUGUAGUGCUGUUUACUCUCUCUUCUCUUACUGACUCUAUUUACCCACCAGGAGUGUGCACUGGGCUUCGCAACCGAGUACGGCCUGAUCCCUGACCUGAGAGGUGACCAUCUCACGGAGACCACCUAGCGAUCUUACAGCGAAUCACAGAGUCGUAGGGUGGGAGGGACCUCGAGAGGUCAUCUAGUCCAGUCCCCUGCACUCACGGCAGGACUAAGUAUUAUCUAGACCAUCCCUGACAGGGGUUUGUCCAACCUGUGCUUAAAACCCUCCAGUGCCGGAGAAUAGUUACAGCUGGAAAAGACGUAUUGGUCAUUUUGCCCAUUCCUAGCCAAUGCAGGGUCAGUCUCUACUCUAUAUGUUCUAGGAAUAUGUCCAGCCUACUGUUAAACGUCUCCAGUGAUGGGUCUUCCCUCGCUCCCUUGUGAGGUCUGUGCAUACUCCAAUAGACACUAACUACUUCUCAUCUUGUAUAAAAGGACUUGGGUUUAGUUGCUAGUUUGUAGUUAGGAAAAGGGUCAUUUUAAAGUUAAAAUUUGUCGUUCUCCGUGUGGCUAUCCUAGAAUCCUAGUCGUUAGAUUUGGAAAAGAACUAAUAAGUCUUCUAAUAAAAUCUAGUACUUCUCCCCGCCAGUGCACGUCUGUUCCCUCCAGUGCUCUGUCCGUGUCCCAAACUCUGGGGUGUCACCGCUCUGGGGAGAGGGUUCCACAGCCUGAAACAUCUCUCGGGUGGGAAGUUUUUUCUGACAUUCAGCUUUAAGCCUUGAUUUCGUCCAGUUAUCCCCACCUUGCACUACUGUAAAACUGUCUCUCCCGUGGGCCGCCCCAUGUUUCCCCCGGCUUGUUAUCGGGUCCCGUCAGGUCACUGCUCAGCGAAGCUGGACGUACUUGUCUCUUUUGCUUAUUCCUCACCAAUCAGUCCCUCGUGCCCCCAGAUCACUUUGUG